AAAAAAUUAUUACUGUAAAUAUCUCUUCAAAAAUGAUUUCUUCGAACAUUAUUCGUUAAGAGUUUUAUUCGAAUUAACAAAGAGUCCAUAUAAAAUAGUUUUCAUUUUUUUCAUACAGUACCUACACAUCUUACAUAAAAUAUAUUGAUUUUAAAAUAGUAUUAAAAUUAAGUAUUCAAAAUAAAUAAAACCUGUUUUAGUAAAUAAGGAAAAAAUUACAAUACGAUUAACACGCAACAAUUUUCUAUCAGGACAACCUUCCAAUUUCACAGUCCAACAGUAAACGUUCGCUACAAUUUUUGUUGAUCGGAAACCAUUUUCAUCACAAGAUGAACAUUAACUACGCACAAGGAAUUGUUUUGAUAGUUCUUGCGUGUGUGUUACACACAAAUUGUACAAAAACUGAAAAAUCUGACAAAGUUCCUUCCAAAUCGAAUCUCAAAGAUGAUCAAAAAUCAUUAGAUGUCAAAAAAAACGAUGGUGAAGCUGAAAAAAUGUUAUUAAAUAUUGCCACUAUAAUACAAGGUUGUAUAGACGAAAGAACGAUGAAUAAUAAAGAGUUCAAAAUAAAACUGGAUAAUUUGUAUAAGAACUUUGUAAUGAAAACAAUAAAAAAAUCAAUAACAAAACUUACAAAUAAAGUGAAUGACAUUAAAAAACAAUAUGAAAAAGACGUCAAAGUAUUGAAGAUAAUGAACAGUAUGCCGGAUACCGGAAGCAGUAAAAAUAACAAUAAAUCGUCAAAAAAAUCAAGCAAAAAAUAACCACGAAUGCACGAGGUUAAAAAGAUUAUUCCGAUACAAUAAUAUAUUAUUUCAUUAUAAACUAUCAUACUACCAGAGGAUUCAUUUGAUAAUGACUACAAUUUUUAUUAGGUAUAAAAUAGGUACUUAAUAGUUAAAUAAAAGAUAAAUUAUAACAGAUAGUUUGGAUAGGAACAAGCUAUUGAAUUAUAACUAAUAUUUUCUCAUCCCAACUUAUUUUCAAUCAUAAGAUCAAUUACUAAUGAUCGGACCGCCAAUAUUCCAGUUAUAUUGUAUUAAGUUUAAUUUAUUAUACUGCGAAAAAAAUAAAAUAAAAACUUGUCAGAUAAAAAUUGUUGUUAAUUAUAUUUUUAUUCCAUCAAAACUACAAACCAGUAUAGUGUAAUUAACUUUUUAGUAAAGUAGGUUGUAUAGCAGUAUACCUAUAGCACUUACUACAAAAUUGUUAUAUAAUAUUUUAAAACAAUAAAUACUAUAAAUAUAAAUAUACAUUUUCAUCAAUCAA